AUGGACCUCGUCCUCCUGGUCGUCAUGAUGGGAGUCAGCCUGCUGCCAGGUAAUCAGAAAAUCAUAAUAAACAAGGUGAACGGAGAGCAGGUGGGCCGGUGGCUGGUGAAUCCCAAUGACGUUGCAUUUCACGACCUGAGCCGCUGCAGACACUCAAGUAAGCACACCACCUCAGUCAUUGACGACAGUUGCCCACCGAACUAUGUGUGCACUGUGACCGGCUCCACCAUCAUUGAUUACUCUGGUAAUUCCACGUCUGUGGAGGAUCGCUGUGCCUACACUUUGUACACCAAUUCAAGUGUCCAAGUAGUGGGCAUCUUCAAGGAACGCCGUCGAAAAGACGUCAUAUUUUUAAACAGUGUCAUCGUCAAGGUGCUGGACUCCGAAACUGUCAUUCAACUUGGCCCAGGUGUGAAAGUUCUGGUCAACAACACUGUUAUGAACAUCACCAGUGUGUCUGAGGGACAUGAAGGUUUGGACCUCUAUCAGGACCAGACUGGAGUCACAGUCAACAUAUAUCUGUCCGACUACAACUUGACUGUCUUCUUCAAUGGAGACACUGCUCAGAUCGUCCAAACACAACAAGAGAUGAUGACGGACAGUCCGGAGAGUUUGUGUGUCGACUCCAACGUGACUUUAAGUGUCAUUAAGUCGGCUGAUUACAGCUCCGAGGGCUGUGAGAUGCAGUACAGUGAGCCAGAUGACGAGUCCAUCAACUGCACCACCGUGACUGAACACUGUCAAGCCCUCAACGGCCCCGACUUCUCCGACUGUCACUCUAUUGUCGAUCCAGCGCCGUACAUCGCCGCCUGCAACUCCACGCUGUGUCAUUAUCCAGAUGUGGAUGGCCUCAGGUGUGAGUUUUUGGAUGCCUAUUCUCAUGCCUGCGGCCUGAAGCAGGACUCCAUGUUGGACGACUGGAGGAUGGAGCACCACCAUAAUGCUGUCCUUGGUUAUGACAAUAAGGGUAUGUUAAGGUAUGAUGGCUCUGAUAUUGUUUAUGUUUCAGCUCCCCGUCAGGCUUUCUGUAAUGACACACAAUGUGUUGAUCACGAGUUCUGUGCUGAAGGCAUCAACGACCAAAUCAUGUGCUUCUGUCGGGCCAUUUUUGCCUCCGAUUACAGGUCCAACAACACUUUGGGUGAUACAGAGGUCUGCAUGGACAAUACUGCUUCAGUCACUCUGGUCGGUUGUCUCCUGGAGGAGAAAGGUUUCCGAUACACGGACCUUCACCUCAACAACGACUCUUGUAGAGGACACAGGGACAUGGACCACAUGGUGACCUUUAACUUUAGUGACAGCAACCUCUGUGGGACGGUGGUCACGGCCAACGACAGUGUGGUUCUGUACAAGAACGCUGUCACCGGAAUUAACACCUCUGAAAUUGUUGCUAACUUUGAUGAAUUCCAUGUGAACUUCUCCUGCUAUUACUACCAGCCGGAACUUCAGAGUAUGACAUUCAGAAUCAAAGACAACGCUGUCAUCCAGCAGGUUGUAUCAGAAUCUUGGAAUUACACUCUGAAGAUGACAGCCUACAAGGAUGCCCAACACAGACAACCUAUAAUGUCAGACAAAGACGUUCAGUUGAACGAAAGGAUCUGGGUGGAGUUGAUGACGUACGGUCUGGACGACAACCUGGUCUCCUUGGUAACCAACUCCUGCUGGGCCACCAACGGCUCAUCGCCCAAUGAGGGUCUGAGAUACGACCUGGUCUAUGAUGGUUGUCCAAGCACUAUGGAGCCCUCAGUGAAGGUGAUGAAGAAUGGAGUCGGAGUGUCCACCAGUUUCUCCUUCAACAUGUUCCACUUCACUGGAGGCAGCUAUGAGGUCUACCUGCACUGUAAAGUUCAACUGUGUCCCAACCAGAGCCAAGACUGCAAGCCGAGUUGUGCUGGUCCCAAGAGAAGAAGACGACGCAGGUCUGCUGGGUCUGAAUAUGUUGAUGAAAGCUCCAGCCUUAUCAGUGUGUCCUGGACCAAUUAG